CCGCAAACUUGUUGACCCGCCGUGUGAGUUGAGGGGCCGAUUCCGCUUGAUGAAUUGCACUGGACUGAAGCGGGCUGAAGCUAUACCAUUCUCUGCCGACAUCCAAAUACUACGUACAUACUCUUGAGCCUCAUCACCACCUGCACCACAGAAUCACCUGCAGCCAUGGAUAUCCGCCUCCUCACAAACGCAGACUUGCCCCUCAUUCAGCACGCAAACCUCGAGAACCUCCCCGAGAACUACUUCCUCAAGUACUACCUCUACCAUGCCCUCUCAUGGCCCCAACUGAGCUACGUCGCCGUUGAUGUCUCGCGACCCAAGAAGGAUCCCUACGAGUACCCCAAGAUCGUCGGAUAUGUCCUUGCCAAGAUGGAGGAGGAGCCUUCAGACGGCAUUCCGCAUGGCCACAUUACGAGUCUGAGCGUGAUGCGAACACACCGAAGACUGGGUAUUGCUGAGAAGUUGAUGCGCCAAAGUCAACUGGCUAUGGUCGAGACAUUCCAGGCAAAAUACGUCUCCCUCCACGUCCGUGUAUCCAACGCCGCAGCCCGCCACCUCUACGAAAACACCCUCGGCUUCACCAACGAGAAGACCGAAUCCAAAUACUACGCCGACGGUGAAGACGCCUUCUGCAUGCGUCUAGACCUUGGAGGCAUCAAGAAACAAGUCGACGAGGCCCUUGCGGAGGAAGAAGAAGAAGAAGCUGAGGACGAGGGCGAAGCCGUGGGUGAGGUUGGCCGUGAUCCUGAAGCAGGCAAGGACAAGGACAAGAAGAAGAAGAUGAAGGUUGCUGUGGGGAGGAGCUUGGGCGUUGGUUCGUUGGUGGAAAAGGAUGACUCGAAGCAUUAAGGAGAAGAGAAUGUGAAAAAAGGGGGAAUGUGUGUUUUAAUAGACGGAUAGAUAAAAAGUUGUGAUGUCCGGGUGAAAUAUGUCAUGAGUAGCUGGAAGAUAGUUAUGAUGUUGAUGAGUCUACGCUUGGGACACUAUUGCGCAACUGAGGAGUGAAAGGUUGGAUCCAUAAAAUACUACGAUGAAGCGUAAAUCACAAGUACUGUUUCUAGGCAUAAAGAUUCAUAUCUUACAAGAACUGCAAGGGUCAACCACACUGAAAAGUGGUGCAACUAACCUUACAGAUGAGGUAUACAACCUAGAUAACUCGAUAUAGCUGAUACGGAGACAAACAGUCGCUUUGGCGAUAGAUAUUAAUACAACGUUCGAGAAAUCGGUAUCCAUAUAAGUACAUAAGAAGUUGAAAAAAUCAUCAUUAUCCAUCAAGUUGCUCAGCCAACUCACGAGCAUACGCCUCAUCAGCUUCAAGCCUCGUUCUCUCCAUUGUCUCUGUGAGAGCCUCAAUCUCCUUUUCCAGCGCCCUGCGCUCACUCAAAGUUAUUUCUUUCACCUCCAGAUCCUUCUGCUUCGUCGCAAUCUCAGUCUCUAUUCCAUAGACAGUGUUGUACUUUGCAGCUGAUGCCGCACCUGGCGGUGGAAUACUGCCAUCUUUGUUGGCAUCUGCUGGCCAUGAGCCUGGAGGACCUUCUCCUGAACGAGAUGGCCACUCUCCGCCACCAAAGAAACCGCCUCGACCGGGAGAUCCAAAUGAACAGUGGUUUGGCCAGCCUCCUUGGAAGCCUCCUCGACUUCUGCCCCAGGGACCUUGACUUUCACAACCGCCCCAACCUCGACCUCUGCCUCGACUAUGAUGGCCUCGAUCUCCUCGGCCGGCUCCUCUGCCUGACCAUCCCCAGCCACCGAGAGCUGGUGGAGGAACUCUGACACCAGGGACGUUGACAGGAGGAACGUGAACGUUGACUGCGGGAACAUGAACGGGAGGAACUUGGAAAGGAGGCACCACAGGAGCAGGAAUUGGCUCAACAUGGCCCCGACCUCUUUGGCCCCUCCUAUGAUCUCUGCGAGCAGCCUUCAUCUCCCUCUUCUGCUGUCUCCUCUCCCUCUUCUCAGCCUUUUUCUUCUUCUUCUGAUCUCUCUUUCGAUCUCUCCGUUCCUUCUUCUGCUGACGUUUCAAAGUCUUCCAUUGUUGCGAAAGGGCUUUGCCCUGCAACUUAAGAGCCUUUCGGUCGAGAUUGGGAGCAAUGCCAUUUGUGUUCGAGGCUUUAAGUUCAGCUUUCAGUUGCUUGACAUCAGCCUUGCUGCGCACUUCGAGAGGAUUAGCUGUCCAUUGUUGUAGACGAGCGAUGUAAACGGGUAGCUGCUGGUCCUUGAGAUCGUCGUAGUCAGGGAGAGAACCGAUGGAUUCUGAGCUAGAAGAGGAAUCUGAGGACGAGGAAGAAGAUGAAGAUGAUGACCGAGAGCGGCGUCUUUGGUGAUCAUGGCUAGCUGCUCGUCCUCGUUGGGGGAAGGUGUGGGCUUCAGGAGGACCUUGAUGCCAUGCUGGGUGUCCGGGCAUAAAAGGAGGCAUGUUGCGAGCAUUCGGAGGUGGUGGUUGGGAUGGUCCAGGGCCAAAAGGGGCUCCCACAGGCUGGCCGUUCAUGCGAAUUCCCCUGCUAUCCAUAACAAUGUUUCCUAUGCGAAGCCCAUUGCUAUCAGCAACAAAUCUGUCUCCCCACCGGACGCUGUCAUUGUCGACUUGGAAGCCGCCCCAAGAUCCUGUCCAACCGCUAGGCCUGCGCUGAGGCAUCGCUUCUCUUGGAGAAGAUGGGCCAGCUUGAUGUGGGAGUUGCACUGGAGGAUCGUCGAAUGUGGUCUCCCAUCCUCCUGGCAUGUGCGAUUGCUCCUCGGGCUGAAGCCUUACCAUGACAUUUCGGGGAGCAAAGAAGCCAGAGUUCCACUGUUGCACGAUAGCUUCGACUUCUGCACGCUUGCGACGUAGUUCAUUAGGAUCAGUUGUGUGUCGUUCUGACUUGACGCUGCCGUCGCCAAUAGAUGACUUGAUAUCUGAGCCAUCUUCGGAUUUGCCCUUUUCACCCAGGAUAGCCUCAUUCCGGACGGAAUCGUGAUCAGGGAGGAGAAAGUUAACAAAGGUCGCCCAAUCUUGGGCUGUGAUAUCGUACGAAGUCGCCCAAUUCUCCGGAUAAGGAAUGUCAUCUGGCACAGAGGUCGGCUUCACAGCGAUGCUGUGGAUCUGAGGCUCCCAUUGAGACGCUGAUGUUGGAACAGGUCGGGUCUCAAAGUAGAGAGCUACACUGGGAGAGAGGGGGAUUUCGUGUGUUAUAGGUGUUGUUGCGUUGACAUUAGAUUCGGUGCGAGGUGUAAGUGGCGGAGUGAAGAUGGGUUCUGUAGUUGAAGUUGAGGACAUGCGGGAGGCGGUAUCGUCACCGGGAGCUGCGGGGCCGUGCCCGGAGCCGGCGACGGAACCAGCAUGUGGUGAGUGCGGGGGCUGAGAAGAGGUAGAGUAGAUAUCUGUCUCUGAGUAUGGAGGCGGUGGCGCAUCGUCAGCUGUUGCUGGGGCCUGGCCAGUUGUGAGAUAUGGAGGAUUGUUUCUGCUGGUAGAGUCCAUAGCUGGUGAUGGAGUUGUCAUGAUGAGAGGAGGAGAAGGGUGAUGCGAUUAUGGAGGGGUAUUAACGGGGGGAGAGAGAAUGGGUGAGAGCUGAUGGUGUGAUACAAUAGCACACUGAUCAACCUAAGCUUUGGGAAGCUAUCUGAUAAACGUGACUGCAUCAUAGCCUGAAAAGAAGGGUAUUUUC